AUGGAGCUUUGUGGAUCUGGUACUUCAGAAGAUGGGGUUCGGGCAAAGGUGGAGGAAUUGGGUGAAAGAGUGUGUCAGUACGGCCUCUAUGUCUAUACUGGUGAAUGCCUGCCGGUUUAUUACCUCAGUCUGUACAAGAUACCAAAGGCGGUUGCUAACAAGCUCAUUGCGCUUCAGAGAAGCUUUUUGUGGUGUAAGGAUGAUGGUACUCAUGGUAUACCCCUAGUGAAGUGGGAGGUGGUCCAGGCCCCAAAAAAGAUUGGAGGAUUGGGGGUGGGAGAUGCAACUCUUCCAGUGAAGGGAGGCCCAUGGAAAGACAUAUGUCAGUUAAAUAUAGCAGAACAACAGGUAAAAGAAAAACUUAUUAGUGGUCUGGCGAUGGAAGUAGGGAACAGAAGACGGAUGCGGUUUUGGGAAGAUAAUUGGGUGCAAGGUGGUCCUCUUAAAGCAAGUUUUCCAAGGCUCUUCUCUAUUUCAAACCAACAAGGAUCAAUGAUAGGGGACUAUGGGUUCUGGGAUGGAGUAGAGUGGAUUUGGAACUUCUCUUGGAGGAGAGAGUUGUUCCAAUGCGAGAUGGAGUUAGUUCAUCAGCUUCAUGAGAGGUUAAGGCCAGUGGCACUAUCAGCUGGCAGAGAGGAUAAUAUUGUGUUGCAAGCGGAGACUUUCUCGGAAGAGAUUACGAGCUACAGUUUCACUAGAUCAAUUUGGGGAGGAGUGGUACCUUCGAGGAUUGAGCUUUUUGGCUGGUUCGUUCUGAUUGGCAAGGUAUGGGAUGCUUGGCUCAGACACUUUGAUAGACCGUGGGCGGUACCAGGAACCAUGAAAGGACUUUUUGAGAGUUGGCUUGGCAUACAGAACAGAAAGAAGGAGGAGUGGCUGUUAUUAGUUAGUUUCUUUGCAGUGAUUUGGAAUAUUUGGAUAGAGAGAAAUGAUAGAAUCUUCAAUAACAGAGAAGCAGGUGUUGAGCACAUUCAAGAAAGGACGUUUUUGAUCUACAAGGAGUGUUUGAAGCAGCAUAACGGUGACCUUAAGGCUGGUGCAAAAGCAUCCCGUGCUGGAAGGCCAUGGAUUUGUACAUGUCUCAUUUGUGGUUUUGCAGACCGGGGUGAAGGUAUACAUAUGACUUUUCGUGUGCUUUUGUUUAUGAUACGGAACGUAAACUAG